AUGAGGUUUCAAAUGAUAAUUUGGAAAAAAAGGUUAAUUUCUUCUGCGAAAUUGGAAGUUAAGAAUACUGAAUAUUCUACCAAUAAUUGGAUACGUGCUCAGCAAAAACAGAAAAACAUCAAUGAAUAUUCUGUUUCUUCAAUUAAAGCAGCUGUUUCAGCAAUUUAUCGUCAUUCACACCAACGUUCAGUCAUAACAAAUUACAAUUUAUUAGCUAUGAUUACUCAAUGUUAA